AUGGCCCACGACGGGCUCGGGCUCCGGCGCGACCCUGGCAAGCCCACAGCUAGGAGACCAAGACGUUCGCCUCCCGGAUCCGCAUCCUCUCUGCCACUCGUUCGCCAAUUGCGCUCUCGAGGCGAAUCGCUGUUUCAACAACAUGGAAGAUGGAUCUCGAAGCAUCAGAUACGCACCUUGCUGCUGUGCUCGCUUGUCAUCACCUCGCUCUUCUAUCCCGCCGUCGGCAUCUACUUCUGGGCAUCCAAAGGUGGUCCUGGUGUGUCGAGAGGCGACGCCAAGAGCGUAUGGAGAUCGCUCAGCACACCCUUCAUGGACUCGUUCGCCAGCAGCGGACGAAAGCAUGUCAAUAGCUUGAGCGACCUCCGCAUGGUAUGGGACGACGCACGCGAUCUGCAGGCCAUCGACGUGAGCGACGCCAAGGUCCUCCUUGACCAUCGAGCUCGCCAAUCCCCGUCGACCGCCCAAAAUGCAGCACACACUUUCUCACGACCACGAUGUCGCUCCAUUCGCGUCGAACAUGUCUUCAUCACGACCGACGACGUCAUGGCAGGCAGAGGUCCUCGAUUCGGCGUGCUAGAGAAACGCAUCCUCAACUCGGCGCUCCAAUUGCAAAAGUCGAUCGAGUCCGAGCUCGGUACCGCCGACGACGACAAUAGUCGCACGUCGCCUUUAGUCUGUGUACAUCCACGCAGCUCUUUCCCUGGUCGACCCGCCGCCGUGGAAGACGAGGCUGCUUGCAUGACUCUUUCGCCCCUCGAAUACUGGAACUUGGACUCGCAAACCAUCCUCAAAGACGAUGCACCUGCCCAAUUUGUCGCCCAAUCCUUGCUCAACCGAACACGGUACGGCGUCCCGCUGUCUCCUUCCACCACUCUAGCUGGACGAUGGCAUCUCUUCAAACGGCUGCCGCGAGCCGAAUUCCUCGCAUUUACGUUUUUCCUCCGCAACGACGAUCCCAACGCAUGCUUCGACGCAAAGACUCCACCAUCCAUCGCGAAGCUGACCGCCUCAUCGGCGGCGCAAGAGAGCUGGCAUGACCUCCUUGACCGUGUCACCGGAGGUCAGGUACGGCUCAUUGCCUCGCCCGAAAACAUCUCGCACAGCCUCGUUCUCCAAUUCGCCCCGCACACAGCGGCAUCUAAGCGCAGACCUACACACAUCUUUCUCCUGACCGCUUACGCCUUUGUCAUCAUCUACAUCUCGCGCGGUCUGGUCAACUUGCGCAAGGUCCACUCGCGCUUCGGUCUUGCAUUCACGGGAACAACUCAGCUGCUCAUCAGCAUGAUCAUGAGUGUCAGCAUCUGCGCGCUUCUCGGCGUCCGCCUCACUCUCGUUCCCUGGGAGCUGCUCCCCUUCGUCAUCGUCGUCGUCGGCUCCGAGAACAUGUACAGUCUCACCAAGGCCAUCGUCGACACGCCGCUCUCCCUCACUGUGUCGUCGCGCAUCGCCCACGGUUUGGGCAAGGUGGGCGUGCCCAUCACCUUUACCACGCUUGCAGACAUUCUCUUGCUGCUCGUCAUUGCUGUCUUCAUCGGCGUGCGAGCCGUGCGCGAGUUCUGCACUUUUGCCAUCUUUUCGCUCAUCAUGGACUGGUUCUUGCAGAUGACUUUCUUCGUCACGGUCCUCAGCAUUGACAUGCAACGCCUCGAGCUGGCCGACCUUCUGACACAGGGCACUCGGUUGACGAGGAAGCAGGAACAUCAUUCGCAGUCGCAAGACAGUAGCACCAGCAAAAGUGGCGGCGGCGGCAACGAUGCUGACGGCGGUACCCAUUCAGAUGCGAGCAUCCGCAAUGGUGUCCCACGAGCACCAGCCAGAUCCGGCAACGUCGUUCUAGCCGCAGCGUCCAAGCUAUGGAGAGCAAGAACUGCCCGGACUGCCAGUCUCACGCUCAUUCUCGUCUACAUGGGUGGCCUCUAUCUAUACUAUGGCACCGGCUUUCCCAGUCAUCAGCAAUCGAACUAUGUGCUCGCAGACGACUGGAACACAUCUCGGCCGCCAGCAGCCACCGAGAGCGCCUUCGACCCAUACGGGCACCUUGACGACCAGCAAAAUCCUUCGCUGCCAUGGUGGACAUCGUCACCGAGCGCGGACUUCUGGACCUCACUCAAUCCAAUGGGCGCCGAAGAACUGCGCAUCGACGUCAGGCCGUGGACGAUCCUCUCCCUUCGAUCGUCCUCUGAAGGACAAACUCCGCCCACAGUCGCCACCUUCGCUGGAUGGGCCCUGUUUCGUCCGAGGAUCCGUGCUAUCGUCUGGUUCGCCAAACUGGUCAUCCUUCCCAUCUCUGGUACCACAGCGUUGCUUUGGAUGCUUUUGCUCUACCUGCUGAAAGACACUGAGCUGCUCGACGCACAGAGGGACAAGUCCGAGGCGAAUCCUGCGGACGGUAUGAACGGCUCUUCCACUCCUGCUCCCCCAUCCUCGCUCGAAAGCAAAGUCACCACCCUCGCAAACACGCACUCUUGCGACAUUGAGUAUCUCGUUUACGACGAAGGACUUGCGGCCUCGAUCGAUAACGGCGGAGGCAUUCAUGUGUGGAAGUUUGACGCAACGAACGAAGACCCACGACGCAAGGGCAGUCUCGGCAAAGCGCGUUCGGGUCUAGCGCUCGAACGGAGCCCCGUUGCAGGUCUCCUCUUGUCAGCAGAAGCAGGCUGGCUGGCCAUCGGCUACGCAUCAGGCAGAGUGUUGUUCCUCUCGGUCGAAACUUUGCAGCCAAUCUGGGAUCACAUUGUGGUCGACUCGGCCUCGCCUAUCACCGGUCUGACGUUGCAGCGACAAGAUUCACUGCACAAUCUCGAUACUGCACUGGCGCUAACGGCCCACCGUGACGGAACCAUCCGUGUGUGGAACGUCGCUCGCAAGGAGGCCAAGCUGGUGAUGUCUCGAACGCAGCUCGACUCUCGCUUGCGGUGGCGGUCAUUGGAUGUUGUUGUGGCCCCGAGCACCACUGCAGCUGGCGGCUCCAGCACGAGCGUCGGCAACGCAGAUCUUUCGUCAACGUCUCGGGCUCCUCUGAUUGGCUUUACCACCAGUGAUGGCCAUUUCCAUAUCAGAGCCGUAGAGGCGGGAGGCACAAGCACCAAGACCGUCUUUACGCUCAGCAUAGAAGACCGCGGUCAGGUGUGCUCGGCUUUGCUAUGCCAGCUGUCGAGUCGAUCAUCAUCAGGAGACGAGGCGCCGCUACUGAGGAGCACGCUCCUCCUCGGUUUUGCCAAUGGCCGAGUACAGCUGAUCGACUUGGAGUCAGCUGAGAGCAUCAGUAGUGUAGACUUAGACGACGGGCCGGUGACGAGCGUCGUGCUGGUGGACGCUGGUGAUGCCGCCAGCACCUCGGCUUUCGUCGCUCAGACGUCCGGACGAGCUUCUCUGCUUUUCGUUUCGAGCGGAACGCAUGUCGCAGCGGCACCGAUGGAAAAGAGUGGCUCAAUCCACAGCACGUUGAACGCCUUUGGAUCGGGCUCGCCCCUUCGCAUUCGCACUCCCAACGGCUCUAGCACCAACGCUGCCAACUUCUGGUCGGAUGUCUCGACGCCACCUAGUCCUGCCUCGGAGCUCACAAAUCCAUUGUCGUAUCCGAUGUCCUCGCACGGUUCUGCGUCGAGGUUGCGUCGCUCGAGUGCACACAUGCGAGACCGCAGCGGCACUGGUGCGUCGGCAGAUGGCACGUCGCAGACUCUGGCAGCUUCGUCGAGCUUGUCAGUAUUUCCAAACAUGCCCCCACCCAGCGGCGCUACGCAAAAGGCAGACGACCGUCAGCUGAGGCUUCUCGGCUGGGUCCGGUGUCAGAGGGGAGGAAGCUUUGCCGCCGUUGCUGGGCAUUUGCUGAUUGGCACAGGUCGGGCACAAAGAAGCUCGAACCAGAGCCGUUGGGAGUGGUGGGCGCUCGACCUGCACGAUGAAGUGGUACUUGGACGCGGCGGAGAGCUGCUGGUGGCACGUCAGCCUUUACUUUUACGCUCAGAUGAUGCUGCCUCGAACGUGGCGCCAAGCCGGCCGUCUCUACAAGGGCCGCGAAGCGUUAGGCGCUCGAUAGAGGUGUCACUCGACGACGCACUGUCUUUCUCGCGCUUGCAUCCCGUGCGAGGUUGCGCUUCACCUAAGCUAGACGGGACUGUCCUCAUGUUCGGCUUUGGUGGCUCCAUCGGGCUGCUUCGCGUCAAGGCGAAACCAACUUGA